GAAUUGUCUUCAAAACAAAACAACACAACACUCUUCUCUAGUUAUGUCUCAAUGGUCUUUUCGUGUCUUGUUAUUCUAUUGUUAUGUUAUUUUCGGAUGUUCUUGACUAUGGUUGGUGGAAUGUGAUGAUAUGUAAUUGUCGCCCCAGUCUUAUUUGCAUUCACUACGAUGGAUGCAACAUGGUGAUUGACUUUUCAGUAUCUGAUUUCAUUAAUAGUUUUCUUCAUAGGAUAGUUUCGAUGUUUCAAGUUUUGGUUUUGUUAUGAUUCAUAUUUUAGAAGAAGAAGAGGAAUGAGGAGAAUUAUCCAACGUCUAUUAGUUCUGAACAAUAGUGUUGAACCAAUGACAUGCACUACCAUCUGACCUCUUCUCUUCCAAUGUUGUUUUGUGUUGUAUUGACGAAUGCCUUUGGUAUCUGAUGUCCAAAGUUAAUAAAAAGUAGUUGGACAUUUCGUAAUUCAAGGCGUAGAUGGAAUAAUAAAACAGGUUUUGCGACACUGAUUGCUUUCUCCUAAUAAGCUCUCUGUUACUGUACCCCUGUUUAUAUCUUCCCACUUAAGUAUGUAUCUGUUUGUUGUUUUGUUUUUCCUAAGUUUUAAUUUUGGUGUGCCUUCUUGAUAAUGUAUCCUAAUAACCCUGGCAAGCUUCAAUAUUGGAAGUCCCAAGAACAAGAGAAUAAUGUAUCCCAAGAACAAGCUACAAUAGUCCCAAAAAGAAAAUAUCUUUAGAGAAGAUAUGUCCCUUGACGGCAACUAGUAGAUUUUUCCAUGUAAACACGGUUAAACUCUUUUAGUUAAAGUCUUGAAGCAAUGGUCUGCUUUCUCUUUCUUCAGAGUUAUGAAGAAAGGAGUCUCGAGUUUGAGAUUGCUGUACUAAAUUGAUCAAGGAAGCAGAAAGACCCUUUGAAGAUUGUCUUAGCUUCUUAAAGCAGACUUGGUGUUUUCUUCUACAAAGGAGAAGCUCUAGUAAAGUUUGCUUAUCGCACAUGUAUCUUGUCAUGACUGAAUUGUAUUGCUCGUUGUUCUUUAUUAAAAAGAAAGUUUAUCUAUUUGUUCAUUCUCUAAAUCACAUUUUAGAGUUCUACAGAAUGAUAACCAUCUAUUUAUUUAAUCAUUAUUCAAUAAAGCAGGCUUAUCUUCUUAAGCGUCUUCAGUUUUUUUCGAUUAUACAACAAAGACCGUUGACAUUACUUUUGCACUUGCCAGUUUAGUUGUGUGAACUUUUGUUCCAGGAGCUGCCCUGUACUGUCUUCUUAAAAGCAUGUACUAGUUCCUCCUGACUUAACAUGUUCUCAUAUCUAUUUGCUUAGAUUCAUUCAUAAAACAUGUUCCCUCACAAGUCAUUACCUAGCCUCGAUAAGAAAGAACAUUACGACACUUCGCCAGACCCGCACGUGAUCAACUAACUGUUCACAAUCAUCGGAGAUUCACCAUAACUUGUUCUACUUACAUCGUAAUCUUAGCCUUGUCUUUCUUCUCCCACUUGCACUUCUUUUGUUUCGUGUCGACCAAGUUUUAUUUUUCUCAACUUAUUGGUAAAUAAAAUUUAUUGGAAACUUAUAACAUACAAUGCGAUGUAAAAAAUAACAGGUCCUAAUUGAAAUGUUAAUGAAAAACAGAGGAUCUCUCGAAAAGCCCUAAAGAAACCCUACUCAGUUCGAUCCGACAGCUUCUUUCAGUGACUUGUCUCUAUUUGUUUGGGUAAUUAAGACACUCUCUCGAGUGGUGUGAUGGAGAUCGACUUGGGAGCCAACGCGUUCGGUAUAGACUUCCACCCAUCUAAAAAUCUCGUAGCUACUGGUCUCAUCGAUGGCCACUUGCAUCUAUACCGUUACGACACAGAGUCUUCACUUGUCAGGGAGCGUAAAGUUCGAGCCCAUAAGGAGUCUUGCAGAGCUGUUCGCUUCAUCGAUGAUGGCCAAAGAAUCGUCACAGCUUCAGCUGACUGCUCUAUUCUAGCUACCGAUGUGGAGACCGGUGCUAGCGUUGCACAUCUUCAGAAUGCUCACGAGGAUGCUGUUAACACUUUGAUUACUGUUACUGAUACAACGAUCGCUUCAGGGGAUGAUCAAGGCUGUGUUAAGAUUUGGGAUACGAGACAGCGCUCUUGCUCUCACGAGUUUAACGUCCACGAGGAUUACAUUUCUUGCAUGACCUUUGCAUCUGAUUCAAUGAAGCUAGUGGCUACAAGUGGAGAUGGGACACUAUCUGUAUGUAAUCUCAGAACAGGCAAAGUCCAAUCUCAGUCUGAGUUUUCUGAAGACGAACUUCUUUCUGUUGUUAUUAUGAAGAAUGGCCGUAAAGUUAUAUGUGGAACUCAAAAUGGUAUCCUCAUGUUGUAUUCAUGGGGAUUUUUCAAAGAUUGUAGUGAUCGUUUUGUUGAUCUAUCUCCAAAUUCAGUUGAUGUCCUUUUAAAGCUUGAUGAGGAUAGAGUUAUCACUGGAUCUGAUAAUGGAAUAAUCAGCCUUGUUGGGAUACUGCCCAACAGAAUCAUUCAGCCAAUUGGGUCUCACGAGUUCCCUAUCGAAGAUCUCGCUCUCUCGCAUGAUAACAAGUUUCUUGGUAGCACAGCUCAUGACAGUAUGCUCAAGUUGUGGGACUUAGAAGAAAUUAUAGAAGGUUCUAAUGGAAACGCAUCAGGAGCUGCAGGAGACAGUGACAGCGACAACGAGGAGAUGGACCUUGACAAUGACCCCAAGCCUUCAAGAGGUACCAAGAGGAAAACAAAAAGUAAACCAACUCCGGUGGACACUACAACUAGUUUCUUCGCAGACAUGUAGAUUCGUCUCUGGACAAAUGUAUCAGUUUCAUACUCAUCUUUUUUUUUAUUCUGACAGUUUUGUUAAGCUACAUUUAUAUUUUUAUCAAAGUUUUACCACUACGAUU